UGGCAACUUCCUCAGAAGUUAACAACCAAAACGGGAUGCUUGGCAGGCUGAAUAAGUGCACUCUUGCCAAAGAAGCGAUCAAGUGUCAGGAGAUUGGUCUGAGAGGAAAUGUUUUUAAGUCAAAAAAUAUCCAGGACGGUGGCAUAGCUAUAGCUAGAAGUGCAGAAUGGAUCCUGGCUUGUCUGCAGAAAAAGCGUCGCCAAGCUUUUAGCACUGUGGAGGACCUGAAUGGAAUCUGCAGCCUGCUUACUCCUGAAUUUCAAGACAAGGCUUUCCUCAACCUCGCCAACAUCAUUGAGAACAAAUUAAACAGCAGUGACCAAAGUAGCAGCAGCAACAAGGACAAUGUUAAUGUUAUCGAACCUGACGACUUCAUCAGCACACACACCCCCCUGGGCAUCCGUAGUACUGGCAAUCACCCACGUGAUGAUUUAGGAAGCGAGCAUGUAAUGAAAGAAAAUCCCCCAAAUAAAGAAGGUGGGCAUAGAGAUGAAAACAGCGACAAGAACAAUAACAGCUAUGAGCCUGGCAUGGAGGAGGACGACGACAUGUAUGCAGGAACAGAGAUUGCUAUUGUUUUGGAUGGGUCCGGGAGCAUCGAGCCUGAGGAUUUUGAAAGGGCGAAGGCCUUCAUCUACACCAUGAUGGAAACAGUCUAUAAGAAGUGUUUCGAGUGUAAUUUUGCCCUUGUCCAGUAUGGCAUGGACAUCAGGACAGAGUUUGACCUGCGGGACAGCUGGAAUACAAGUGCCACUCUCCAGAAAAUCCAGAACGUCAUCCAGCUGCGCAAUGUGACCAGAACAGCCUCUGCCAUCCAGCACGUCCUGGACUUUAUCUUCAAUGAGGAUCGAGGGUCCCAGAAAAACGCUGUCAAGAUCAUGCUUGUGCUGACAGAUGGGGAAAUAUUUAUGGAUCCACUGAACUUAAUGGACGUGAUCAGCUCAUCCAGUAUGGAAGGAAUUGACCGCUAUGCCAUUGGGGUGGGAAAUGCCUUUAACAAACCAAAGGCCCUAGAUGAGUUGCGGCUAAUUGCCUCAGACCCAGAUGAGGCGCAUUUGUUUCGGGUGACCAACUAUUCUGCUUUAGACGGGCUGCUUGCAAUGCUACAGCAGAAAAUCAUUCCCAUAGAAGGUACUGCAGGUGAUGCUAUGGAAUAUGAGUUGGCGCAAGCUGGUUUCAGUGCCCAGAUUUUCAACAAGGCAAACCUACUGCUUGGUGCUGUGGGGGCCUUUGAUGGGUCUGGUGGAGUCCUGAGGUAUGAACCAGUCACCAAGACAGCAGUUUUCCUGAAUGAAUCCAAGGAUGAAGUCAAAGGAGCACAAUACAGUUACCUGGGGUAUAGCGUGGCCGGGGCGAAUGCACAGGAUGGCGCCUUAUACAUUUCUGGAGCACCACGUCAUAGUAUGACGGGGAAAGUACUGGUGUUUCAAAAAGAUCGCUUGAAGGAAACACUGCAAGGAGAACAGGUUGGGUCUUAUUUUGGCUCAGAGCUCUGCCCAGUGGACCUGGACCAGGAUGGGGUGACAGACCUUCUUCUUGUGGGAGCUCCGUUGUAUCAUAUCCAUGGGGAAGAAGGCAGAGUUUAUGUGUAUCAUCUUGAGAAGGAGAGUGGUUCAUUCACCUCGGCAGGACACUUGCACGUCCAGCUGUCAUCUGCUUUUGCAAGGUUUGGGUUUGCCCUGGCCAGUGUUGGAGACAUCAAUAGGGAUGGGUAUGUGGACAUUGCUGUUGGAGCUCCCCUGGAAGACCAGCUUUCAUCCUCUUCUGCUUUUGGCAGCGUUUACAUCUUUAAUGGCAAUCAUGAUGGAAUCAGGAGCCCCUUUUCUCAGAGGAUAAGGGCAGUUGAUGUUUCUCCACGACUCCAGUAUUUUGGGCAAUCCAUUGAUGGUGGCUUUGACUUCACCGCCGAUGGUCUCACAGAUAUCACAGUGGGAUCAUUAGGAAAUGUUGUUGUGCUCCGGUCCAGACCGAUUAUCAACUUUAACAUCACUAUGAAAUUCACCCCAGAAGAAAUAUUAGUCUUGGACAACAGCAGCACCAUUAUAGCAGAAUUGUGCUUUAGCAUAAUCUCACCACUAGAAGCAUCCCAGCAAGGGAGUUUGCAUUCAUACAUUCACUACACAGUGGACUUAGACUGGAAAAUGCAGAAGAAAAGAGCCCAGUUUGAGGAUCAGAAAACCUCACUGAGUGAAGUCUUUGGCAAUAACUCAACAUGCUCUGAGCUGCAGUUCUAUGUACUGCCGUGUGACUAUAACUGUUUUUCCAGCAUUACUCUUAAAGUUAAUUACCAGCUCCAUUAUGAAACGGAGAUCGUGGAUCAUGCUGCUCCUAUGCUGGAUAGAUACGGUGAAUCUAACGUGUAUUUUCAGCUGCCUUACAAGAAGGACUGUAAUAGCAAGCCCACCUGUGCUGCCAACUUAACCUUGAAAAGUCAGCUUCAGUGUGACUCUCACACAUCCUCAGCCUGCUCGGAAUUAGUUGUGGGCCACACCAAGGAGCUGACCCUGAACAUUUCUUUAACUAACAGUGGAGAUGACUCCUACCUUACAACUCUGGUCCUGACGUACCCUACAAAUCUACAGUUUAAAAAGAUGAUUCCUGAGCCAUCCUCUCCUGCUAUUCGUUGUGGUCCUCCAAAACCAUCCACCUCCUCCUUCUCAUCCAUGGAUUGUGGCAUUGGACACCCAACAUUCAAGGCAACCGCAAAUUUUUCAGUGAUUUGGCAACUAGAUAAAACUCUAGUUCCAUACAAGUUUGCAAACAUCACUGUUAACAUCACCAACAUAAACGAAGAUAGCAAGAGUCUGAUCAAAGAACACAUCCUCUGUGUCAGAUAUGCCUUCAGCGCAGUCCUUACCAAGCCAACAUCUAUAAUAUACGUGAAUGUUAGUCAAGGGAUCUCCGAGAACAGAGAGAUCCAGUUUAACAUAAAUGGUGAAAACAGCUUCAGAGCUCCAAUUGAAUUACAGAUUUUGGUUCCUAUCAGCAUUCAAGGUCAUAACGUAACGAGUAUAAGAAAUGCAACUGGAAAACAGGUAACUCUUUUUUUCAUUACUCCUUCCAGAUCCAAUUUCCUUGUCUAUGGUCUUAAGGAGCCGUUAGCCUGCUGCCGGCGCCUCUUCUUAUUCUUCCCGACGGGACGAAGCCUCGUUUGCUUCCCCCACCGGGUGCUGCUGAACCCGCUGAUGCAGGCCUUCCGGCAGGUGCCUCCGUUGCCAUCUUUGGGAGCCACCUUGCCGCCUUUCUCCUUUCUCCGCGGGGCGAAAGGGGAUGCCGGCGGCUGGCAACCGCCCUGCCCCCGGGAGGGCGCGGCCGGCGCUGCCUUCUGGCUGGACUUCAAACGAGCCAGCCACAACGGCACCGCCUGCGUGUCCAACACCACCAGCGGCUGCCGCGGGCACGUGUCCACAUCGCGCUGGUGGCUCCCUUCGGCCCCCUCUCCCCUCCGCGUGCAGGUCCCCGGGCACCCGGCGCCCGCCGGUGACGCCGGACUGGGGCAGCACCGGGUCGGGGAGGUGGCAGGCGCGCGGGGGGUGGGUGGCACGCACCCCCCCUCCUCCUCCUCCUCCUUCGACUCGUCGGGCGAGAAGAGCAGCAGGCUGGCGGGCUCCGCGCGCCCGUCCCCGUCCUCGUCCCCGUCCUCCAGCAGCAGCAGGGAGCUGAGCUCGGGCAGCAUGCUGCGGCGCGUGGAGCGGCGGGGCGCGGGGCCCGGCGCCUGCGGGGUGCUGCACAGCAGGGGUGGCCGCACGGGCAGCGCCCCCUGGCGGCGGCGGCGGCGGUUGGGCACCGAGUGCAGGCACCUCCCGGGCUGGGCGCCGCCUCCGCCGGGCCGUCCCCGCGCCGCAGGAGCGCAGGUCAGUGAGGAAGUGAAGUAUCAGUGUGUGCACUGUGUUUUCACAGCAGACAGAGAGACUAUUACUGUGAUCGCUGAACUGCCAUUAAUUGAUUCCCACGAGUUCUUGAAAGCCAGAACUGACCUGCUGGUCACUGGAGAAAUCAGCUUUGACAGACGGCUGUAUGUGGGCCUGAAAGAAGAGAACCACAAAGCAGAGAUCACUCUUGUCUUCUUGAAAGAGCAAAAACUCCAGAUCUUACCUAUUGUCAUCGGAAGUGCCAUUGGUGGAUUUCUCUUGUUGGCUUUCAUUAUUGUUAUCCUUUGCAAGUGUGGCUUUUUCAAAAGAAAGUAUCAAACUCAAAUGAAGGAAGACAUGCUUUCUGAGGACAAGGCUGACUAGAGCAGGAUCUGUGAUGGAGUCUCAUGCUCUUUGUGAAAGCUACCGUGUCACAGCCUAUCCAGAAGUGAAGGGAUUCAGUUUCUGUGAGCUGGGAUGGAUGGUCAAGGCCCUGAACCUUACGACUGCCACUCCUUGCUCUGUGUUUAUAGACUUUGCACUUCUGGGAAAUGUGGCCACCUGCCUGUGCAGCUACCGUGGAUUGGGUGGCUCCUUGCAGAAGCUGGACUUCCCUAGGCUGAUAAAGAACAGACUCCUUAUUUCAGAUUCUGCCUAUGUGCAGCUAUGCUGUUGAAAAUGCAAUUCAGAGCUUGCUGAAUUUGUCCAUUUUUGUUGCUUUCUUUGCUAUUUCAAUACUGAGCUGCUUUGAAACGGGCUUUAAUGGUAGGUAAUUCCAGAGGUGGGGGGUGUAUGUAGCAACAGGUGAGUGGAAGCUCACUGCCAAGGUGCUGUGAUGAGUGAUUCGAGGUCAGAAGAGGCUCGGGAUUGGAAAUACGAUAAGUCUUGAGGCAUCGUAAGUCUGAAUGGUAAGACGUCGGGACUGAACUGUGCAGGGUUGCAGCAGGUCACGACUGGCAUAUCAGGCGGCAGAGUGGAGGCCCAUGAAUAGAACAGCAGUGUGCUGCGCACCAUGGGAACAGCAAUUCGCAGUGUGUGGUAAGAGUGUGUGGUCAAUGUGCAUAAUAGCUGCUUGACCUGGCGUUGGCUCUAGGCCAGACUCUGGACAUCUUUUCUGAGUACUGACUUUACCUCUAACCCCCCACCUCAACUUUUACUUUUUUUAAAGAAUGAGCAUAAAUACCUUUAAAUAUUUCUGCCUUUGGCUGUGGCGGUC